AUGGGAACCCCGGGUGGUGGCGAUGGGGUGGGAGGGGUAGGGGGGGUCCGCUCCGGGCGUCCAGAGGCAGGCAGCCCGCCGCGUAGGACGGACGCGUCGUGCGGUAAAACCGCGCCCGCUGUGCUGUGGAACACAUGUUCGCUAGUGUACGUUGACGAUAAUGUUGUGCUUUCAACAAAUUGUGCCACUCUUAUAGGAAUCAGCGAUUCCUUCAAUGGCAGUCGGCCGAUG